AAAUAGAAUUAAACAAUCGUAUCAGUAUUUUACGUAACAAUGAAUAAAAAAAUUCAAAGAUCGUAGCUGUGUUACCCACCGAAAAUAUCUAUAUGGCUACACAGUUCAACGUGCAUGUUUUGUGAGCAUAGAGGCGCCAACGGAUGAAUUCCAUGUACUAAAACGAGCACAUCGGCACCUUCCCUCUCCUCCCUCUAGUUCAGUUAACUUGAGUUAAGCGACACGUGACUCGCUCAAGCAAUCGCAAAAGAUUCGAAAUGGAAGCCUCCUUGAAAGAAUUAGCCGUCGAACUGUAUAAUAUAGAGGCCGUGAAGUUUGGAGAAUUUGAGACAAAAAUUGGCCUAAAAACGCCGGUAUAUUUUGACCUGCGUAUAAUAAUUUCUUACCCGAAAUUGAUGUUGAAGUUGGCGAAAGCUUUGUGGACGUUGCAAGAUGACCCGAUGAAGGUGUCCCGAAUCUGCGGUGUCCCGUACACAGCACUGCCACUAGCCACUCUGAUAUCGGCUGAGGAAGGGAUUCCCAUGAUUAUGAAGAGAAAAGAAGCGAAGUCAUAUGGCACGAAGAAGUUAAUUGAGGGUGUUUACCUGCCCGGUGAGACCUGUGUGAUCAUUGAGGACGUUAUUACGAGUGGUAGCAGUAUUCUAGAAACCGUCGACGCCUUGAAAAAGGAAAAUCUAAGCGUGACAGAGGCUUAUGUGCUGAUCGACAGGGAGCAGGGUGGCAGAAAGAACCUCGAGAAUCACGGGAUCAAAGUUAAGUGUCUAUUCGUGAUUACGCAACUCAUGAAGUACCUCCUCGAGGCUGAAAAGAUCACGCCUGAGAUAGUCAAGAAUGUUGACGAUUACUUGGCGAUGAAUCGGGCACCGAGCAUUUCUGUCCGAGGCGUGCCAGACGACAGAUUGAAGCUGUCAUACGGCAAACGUGCAAAAUUAACGACGAAUCCAUUGGCCUCAAAGCUGUUGGAUCUGAUGGAAUCGAAGCAAACUAAUAUUUGCUUGGCGGCCGACCUGAACAGAACGGGCGCGAUUUUGGACUUGGCAAACGAAGUGGGACCUCAUAUCGCCGUGCUGAAAAUUCAUGUGGAUAUCAUAGAGAACUUCAAUGACAGGUUCGUUCUUCGGCUCAAAGAACUGGCGAAGCAGCAUAGAUUCCUGUUGAUGGAGGAUCGCAAGUUUGGCGAUAUCGGCAACACGGUGUUGUUGCAAUACAGACACGGCUUGUUCAAGAUCGCCGAAUGGGCCGACCUGAUCACGGUACAUCCGGUAUCGGGUGCGUCCGUCAUCGACGCGCUGAAGAAAGGUCUCGAGAGCAUCACCGAGCCACGUGGCAUUUUCUUGGUCGCCGAGAUGUCGUCCGAAGGUGCAUUGACCACCGGCGAUUAUCUGAAGAGCGCCGUUUCAAUGGCGGAGGAAGCCUCCGAUUUGGUGGUAGGUCUCGUGUGCCAAUCUGAUCUCUCGGCGAAACCCGGGCUGCUCCAAUUGACACCCGGUGUCAAGCUGGUCAAAAGCGCAGGCGACGGACUAGGCCAGCAAUACAAAGAUCCGCAAUCAGUUAUCGAUGCAGGUGCCGAUUUAGCAGUCGUUGGCAGGGGUAUCACGGAGACACGUCACGGUUAUCUGAAGGCCACUUUAGAAUACAAAAGAGAACUUUGGAACGCGUACGAGGAACGGAUAAACGCAUCCGAUAUGAAAUAGUAAUACAAAUAUUAAAAACAAUAUAAACCUAACAAGAUUACUCGAAUUAAAAAUACAAUAAGUAAGGCAGAGGGAAUCGGCGUGGUUAUUGAUACGCAAAAUUUAAUUUAUAUAAAAUUUACUUUAGUCUAAAAGUCUAAAGUUCUAAAAAGAUAGCCGAAACGUUAGACUUAUAUUAAAUAUAUAAUUUAGAUUAUAAUAAAAUAAUAUAUAAAUUUCUAAAACAAUACAUUUCCUGUAAGCAUUUAGCUUUGUUAAAUUUUCAUUAUAAUGCGCUAACAGAAAAAUGUUUAAUUAAAUUGACCAAAGAAUUUUUUUCAUAUUUUUUCGUAUGACUUUUAUAUAUGGUAAUAACAAAGACAAUAGCAGGAAAAGACAUACAUGAACUUUUCAAUCGAUUUAAUGUUAUCAUAUACAUAUGUAAGAUUCAUUAUCAAUCGUUGAACUUCGUAUAAUUCCACAGAAGUGAUAACCGAAAGAUUCUAUUUUUGUAAGAAAUAUAUAUAUAAUGCGUACAUGUACGAAACAAAGCUGUCCGUUUUUCUUUCUAUUCUGUGAUAUAUUCUUUAUCUAAAGUUCCUUACAGCCCUACAGAUAAAGCCCUCUUUUUCCUCGUUUUUUUUUUCGUGAUAAUCGAGCGACCACAAAUUGUGAUAUUUAAGUUAAGUCGCCGUCGAGUGCAUACCAUAUAGUGCACACUGUAAAGUUAUUUUAUUAAACAAAACUUUUACGUUA